GUGGCGCGCGCGUGUGCGCCUUUCGCCUGCAGCCGCUGCAAGUGGCACCGAGCUAACAGCGGCUUUUGUGCCCAUGAUGCACCGUGGUCGUCGCACCUGUAAGGAAGGAUAAAGCUGUCACUGUACCGUCUCUACAUCAGCACCACCGGCGCCGGAAACACUGCUGCUUAAAAACAACACAAGUCUGGACUAGAAAAGGAAAAAAGAUCUCUGUGGAGUUGGAUUUUAGCAGUUGGAUACUCUUGGCGUCUGUUUAACUAAGGGAUGUAACUGCAAAAGGCCAGCGGCUCCUCUGCCAGCUCCACAUCCCAGCAGACAAAAUGAAGGAGGAAAUUCCACUCACAUGACCUCGCACCACAAGUCUCCAUCUUGGUCUGAAGAGCAGGGCGACGUCUCCUCCUUCUGUCAGCUUGCUCUGCAACAACAAUCACUGCCCUGCAACACCUGGACAAUUUAUUGCGAUUUACCUUACGACUGUUAACUACAACGACUGUUCUCCUGCUAUUGCCCUUUCCCUCUUUUAAAGACAUAUUUUUUUAUGAUAAAUGUUUAUCCAAAUAUAUCUAUAUUGAAGAUUGAACUGUGCAACCCUGAAACUGAGUCCAGUCCCUGAGAUUUGAAUCGAACCGAAUUCUCGUCAGACAUCUUUUUGGAUUAAGAAAUUAUUUACAGCUAUGGAUCUUGUAGGUUUUUCUAUCAGGCUGCAUGUGUUCCUCAGCACAUGCCUGGGACUGGAAUUUUUAGGUACACCAGGUCAGUGGGCACGCUACCUCCGCUGGGACGCCAGCACCCGCGGUGACCUCAGCUUCCAGUUUAAGACAGAGGCCUCAGACGCACUGUUGCUGUACUUUGACGAUGGAGGUUACUGUGACUUUCUACAGCUCUCAGUGGCGGAGGGACUACUGCAGCUGCGCUUCAGCAUCGACUGUGCUGAGACCACUGUUGUGUCAGACAGACGGGUAGAUGACAGCAGCUGGCACUUUGCCACCCUGAGCAGGUACAACCUGCGCACAGUGCUGGUGCUGGACGGCCAAGCCAAAGCAGGCGAGGUAAAGCCUCAGCGUCAGUUCAUGAAAAUAGUCAGCGACCUGUUCCUAGGUGGAGUGCCUCAGGAUAUCCGCAGCGGUGCACUUACACUGCCUACAGUGCGAAACAUGCAGCCCUUCAGUGGCACAAUCGCAGACCUCAAAUAUGGCAUCUCACAGCCCCUGUUCCUAGGAAGCCUUAACGUGCCGCUGGAGUCGGAAGGAUGGUGCACCGUGAACCCGUGUGAGAACGGUGGGAUGUGCACAGUGGUGGACGGAGAACCGGUUUGUGACUGCUCCAAAACAGAAUACAAGGGCCGCUUCUGCAGUGAAGAAAUCAGCAGCAACAACAUGCCAGGCCUUGCACAUAUGAUGGCAGAGCAAGCUAAAAGCAAAGCAAGAGAAGAGAAUGUGGCGACUUUCCGUGGCUCAGAGUACUUCUGCUACGAUCUCUCCCAGAACCCAAUCCAGAGCAGUAGCGAUGAAAUCACGCUCUCCUUUAAGACGUGGCAGCGGAACGGCCUUAUUCUUCACACCGGCAAGUCAGCUGACUACGUCAAUCUGGCGUUAAAGGACGGAGCUGUCUCCCUCGUUAUCAACUUGGGCUCUGGAGCCUUUGAAGCCAUUGUGGAGCCGGUCAAUGGGAAGUUUAAUGACAACUCAUGGCACGAUGUCAAAGUGACCCGCAACCUCCGGCAGGUGACGAUAUCAGUGGAUGGGAUUCUGACGACUACAGGCUACACCCAGGAGGAUUACACCAUGCUGGGCUCUGAUGACUUCUUCUAUGUGGGUGGGAGCCCCAGCACAGCCGACCUGCCUGGUUCUCCAGUUAGCAACAACUUCAUGGGCUGUCUCAAGGAGGUAGUGUAUAAGAACAAUGACAUCCGUCUUGAGUUGUCCCGUCUGGCUCGAAUUGUGGACCCCAAGAUGAAAAUCCAGGGUGAGGUAUCCUACAAGUGUGAAAAUGUGGCUACCCUUGACCCAAUUUCUUUCGAAACCCCUGAGGCCUAUAUCAGUCUCCCCAAGUGGAACACCAAGCGGAUGGGAUCCAUCUCUUUCGAUUUCCGUACGACUGAGCCCAAUGGACUCAUCCUCUUUACCCAUGGCAAACCCCAAGAGCGCAAAGAUGCUGCACGGAGCCAAAAGAACACCAAGGUGGAUUUCUUUGCUGUGGAGCUGUUGGACGGCAGCCUGUACCUGCUGCUGGAUAUGGGCUCUGGGACUAUCAAGGUUAAGGCCACCCAGACAAAGGUGAAUGAUGGGGUCUGGUAUCAUGUCGACAUCCAGAGGGAUGGACGCUCAGGCACCAUCUCUGUAAACAGCAGAAGGACUCCGUUCACAGCCAGUGGUGAGAGUGAGAUUCUGGACCUGGAGGGUGACAUGUAUUUGGGGGGGCUUCCAACUGACCGCACCAACCUCAUCCUGCCCACGGAGCUCUGGACAGCAAUGCUCAACUAUGGCUAUGUGGGCUGUAUUCGUGACCUUUUCAUUGAUGGUCGAAGCAAGGACAUCCGUCAGAUUGCUGAGGCACAAAAUGGGGCCGGCAUUAAACCAUCAUGCAAUAAACAACCUGGCAAGCAGUGUGAGAGCUACCCAUGCAAGAACCGAGGAGUCUGCAAAGAAGGCUGGAAUCGAUUCAUCUGUGACUGCACUGGUACUGGCUACUGGUCACGCACCUGUGAGAGAGAGGCUUCAAUCCUCUCCUAUGAUGGCAGCAUGUAUAUGAAGGUUGUGAUGCCGACCAUCAUGCAUACUGAAGCUGAGGAUGUGUCUUUGCGGUUUCGCUCCCAGCGGGCUUACGGUCUCCUCAUGGCCACUACCUCCCGAGACUCAGCCGACACGCUGCGGCUGGAGUUGGACGGGAGUCGCGUCAAACUCACGGUCAAUCUAGACUGUAUCAGGAUAAACUGUAACUCCAGCAAGGGACCGGAGACCCUGUAUGCUGGGCAAAAGCUCAAUGAUAAUGAAUGGCAUACAGUGCGUGUGGUGCGUCGUGGCAAAACCUACAAGCUAACGGUUGACGAUGAUGUAGCAGAAGGCCAAAUGGUGGGUGACCACACUCGUCUGGAGUUCCACAACAUCGAAACAGGCAUAAUGACAGAGCGCCGAUUUGUUUCUAGCAUCCCAUCCAGCUUUAUUGGUCACCUCCAGAGCCUAAGAUUUAACGGCAUGCUAUACAUUGACUUAUGCAAGAAUGGUGACAUUGAUUACUGUGAGCUCAAUGCCCGCUUUGGGAUUCGCUCCAUUAUCGCUGACCCUGUCACCUUCAAAUCCAAGAGCAGCUAUCUCAGCCUGGCCACUUUACAGGCCUACACGUCCAUGCACCUCUUCUUUCAGUUCAAGACCACUUCACCAGAUGGCUUCAUACUCUUCAACUCUGGAGACGGCAAUGAUUUCAUUGCUGUGGAACUAGUUAAAGGGUACAUACACUAUGUUUUUGACCUUGGAAAUGGGCCCAACCUCAUCAAGGGAAAAAGUGAAAGGGCACUAAAUGACAAUCACGGUGACGAAACCUGCAGCUUCAGAAUCUGUGAGAUGUCGUGUGAUCUGUUCAUUGCUGGACUGGGUCCAGGCAUGUAUGGCAACCUGCCUAAACUGGUGGCUUCCAGAGAAGGCUUCCAGGGCUGUUUGGCGUCAGUGGACCUCAACGGUCGUCUUCCGGAUCUCCUCAACGAUGCAUUGUUUCGCAGCGGGCAGAUUGAACGUGGAUGUGAAGGACCCAGCACUACCUGCCAAGAGGAUUCCUGUGCCAACAUGGGCAUCUGCAUUCAACAAUGGGAGAACUACACCUGCGACUGCUCCAUGACCUCAUACACCGGCACACAAUGCAAUGACCCGGGGACAACAUACAUCUUUGGCAAAGGCGGGGGCCUCAUUACAUUCAAUUGGCCAGCCAAUGAGAGACCAAGCACCAGGACGGACAGGCUGACUGUCGGCUUCAGCACCUCCCUGAAAGAUGGCAUCUUAGUCAGAAUUGACAGUGCACCAGGUCUAGGGGACUAUCUCAUGCUGCAUAUACAACAAGGCAAAAUUGGAGUGACCUUCAACAUCGGCACAGUGGAUAUCAGUGUGCAGGAAAGCAGCACCCCAGUGAAUGAUGGGAAGUAUCACGUUGUCCGUUUCACCAGAAAUGGUGGCAAUGCUACACUGCAGGUGGAUAACUGGUCGAUCAAUGAACAUUUCCCACCAGGGAACAGCGACAUCGAACGCUAUCAGAUGGCCAAUAAGAAAAUUCCUUUUAAAUUUGCCAGACCAGUAGAAGAAUGGCUACAAGAGAAAGGGCGGCAGUUAACAAUUUUCAACACACAAGCAACAGUGGCAAUUGGUGGUAGUGAUCGUGGCCGGCCCUUUCAAGGUCAGCUCUCUGGCCUUUAUUACAACGGCCUAAAGGUGUUGAACAUGGCAGCUGAAGGCAACCCAAACAUCAAGAUCAAUGGCAGUGUAAGGUUGGUAGGCGAUGUACCUAGUGUGGCAGGUUCAGCCAGGAGCACAGCCAUGUCUCCAGAGAUGACAACGUCCUUCAUUGAGACUACUACCAUGAUGUCCACUACAACCACACGGAAACACAGAUCUUCCUCAACUGUACAGCACCAAGAGGACAUUGGGUCAUCUGCCGAGUGUUCGAGUGAUGAUGAAGAUGAGGAGGAGUGUGAAACUAGCCGUACAGCACUUCCCACAGAGCCAGGCGUCAGGCGAGUUCCAGGGCCCUCGGAAGUGGUCCGCGAAUCUAGCAGCACCACCGGGAUGGUCAUCGGAAUAGUGGCGGCCGCUGCCCUGUGCAUCCUCAUCCUUCUAUAUGCCAUGUAUAAGUACAGGAACAGGGAUGAAGGCUCCUACCAGGUGGACGAGAGCAGGAACUACAUAACCAACUCGGCUGUGCAGAGCAAUGGCGCUGUCAUGAAGGACAAACAGCAGAGCUUGAAAGGCAGCAACAAGAGACAGAAAAACAAGGAUAAGGAGUAUUAUGUGUGACUGUGAGACUUUCGUGAACACGAGAGAGCGAAGAAAGAGAGCACUAAGAGAACUUAUCAGUUUCCUCGUGAGGAGCUAUGACAAAUGAUGGUAUAAUAUGGAACUUGAAAAUUCUUAUACUGUGCUGAGUAGUUGAACUGAUGAUAUGUACUGUAACAUAAAGCACACUUACUAUUAAGCAAAAGCUUAAUGACAAGGUUAAAUAGCAACUUUAGAGACCUUCCUCUUCUAUCUGGUCAGAGACAUUAUCGGUAGAGAAAUACUUCACAGCAUCAUUCUCCUAAGUGACUUUUAGAGCUACGUGAUCCUUGGCAUUAAACAAUUUUUUGUGAAAUUGUUAAUUACAAAAGGCUCAUAAAAUUACACCUUUUCAGCAUGUAAACAACAUAGUGCUUAACAAGAGGGGGUCAGGCACACAAUGGUUGUAAAAAUAAAGGACUCUUGUAUCAAAA